AUGGAAUCGACAAAGCCUUGGCUUCAUAAGAUUCGGGCUUCCGAGUCUUUUGUUGUCAUCGUGGUGACGAUUGCGAUUUUCACGGAUGUUUUCAUCUAUGGCAUGGUUGUCCCUAUCAUUCCCGUUGCACUGGUUGAACGCGUUGGAGCUCGAGAGGAAGAUGCACAAUAUUGGGUAUCGGUUCUGCUAGCUGUCUACGGCGCAACUCUUCUUAUUGGAUCGCCGCUCUUCGGCUGGUUCGCUGACCACUCUCGAUAUCGAAAAUUGCCUUUCGUCAUCGGUCUGCUUGCACUGGGUGCCUCGACUCUGCUCUUCAUCGUUGCCCGCUCUAUGGUGCUUCUUAUCAUUGCACGCGGCCUGCAGGGAUUCUCUGCUGCCGGUGUUUGGGUCGUUGGACUUGCGAUAGUUGUGGACAAUGUACCCCCGGAGCGGGUCGGGGAGGCCAUGGGACAAACAACAAUCGGCAUGACGUGGGGAUUCCUGCUUGGCCCUACGAUUGGUGGCAUCAUGUAUGAGAGGCUGGGCUUUUAUGGGACGUUUAUGAUUCCUGUGGCUCUUAUUGCUCUGGAUGUGAUCUUGCGAUUUGCUAUUAUCGAGGUGCCGAGAACUGCUCAAAAUUCGGGGCCCACUUUCAAUUCGCAGGCUAUUGACUCUCAGGCUGAUGCGUACAACACAAUAAUUCGCCCAGAGUCUCAGUCUCCCCAAGCAAGGAAUACUUGUACCGGGAUCGAGCAACAUUGCGAUGAGCAAACAUCCUUAUUGAGAUCCUCGACUCCUUGCGCUAGACCCCCAAGGUUGGGCAAACAAAAACACGCGACGAUAUUCAGUCUUCUCAAGUCUCCCCGACUGCCCCUUGCAUGUAUGGCCACCAUUGUGAUGGCUGUUAUAACUGCAGCCCUGGAAACCACCAUCCCGCUAUACGUCAUGGAGACAUUCGGUUGGUCCUCUGGCGGUGCAGGGCUGAUCUUCGUCGCUUCGUCCAUUCCCAGUUUCGCAGGCGUACUUAUCGGAAGAUUUAUCGAUCGCAUUGGAGUCCGAAUCCCAGCAGCUCUAGCUUUUUCAGCCUCGGCCUGCGCCUGGAUUUUGAUGCGUUUGGUGAACAAGAACACAACCGCCGACAUCAUUUUGCUAACAGCCCUCCUGUUCAUUCUAGGCCUCGCGGUCGUCACGGUAGAAGUGACCGCCAUGACAGAAGCCUCUCAGGUGGUUGGGGACUAUGAGAUCGAGAAUCCUGGAGCGUUUGGAGAGAAAAGCCCGGUCGCCCAGACAUAUGCGCUAUUUAAUAUGGCUUUUGCGGGGGGUCAGCUCCUUGGUCCGAUCUUGGCGGGUGCAAUGCGGGUGCGUGCAGGUUGGGCUGCGAUGACCCUCGUGCUGGGAGUACUGUGUGCCGUAACGGCCGUGCCUAUUGGAUUGUUUAGCGGUGCCUGGCCCAAAAGGGUCGAGGUUGAGGCCGAAAGAGAUGGGUAG